AUGGAUUUUAGAUGGAGUAUCUGCCAAAAUGUAGACCAGAUAUUGAAAUUAAUUUGGCAUUUUAAACGACUGGUUGUUCACAAGAAUGUUGUUCUUUGUGGUGAAUCUAAAUUCUUCCAGUAUAAAAGAUUGCUGAGGAAUAAUUUGGAAAUUGCAGCAAAAAUAUGCCAUCAGCUAAAUAUCCACAAUGGUGUCAUUGAGCAUUUUGAGCUUUGCAGUUUUCGUUUACCUUUCUAA